UUGAACAGGAUCUUUUUGCUACCUUUUAUUUUUCGUAAGGUUUUCAACCAGUAACAUCCGAAACAUUCAAAUUAAAACGUUAUGUGGUUUGGUUCAGCUUUAAUUCAGAAAGUUGACUCAUUAAUGUGAAAACGGAAUUUGUAAUCGACCAAUAAUGUUUUAACAUAAUGAUGGUUAUUCCUUGGAAAUGCAGUGAUGUUUUACAAUUUCGACGAUUAUUUGUUUUGAAAAAAUGUUUGUUUACUGGAGAUCCAAUGCAGAAUGUAAAAUUUAAGCCUCAAUUAAGAAAAGUUCUGAGAAAGAUUACAAUUGAAUGGCAGAUUCUAAUGUUGAUUACUUCAUGGACAAAGAAAAUGCGAUCUUUAGCUGACAAGUUCUUAUCAAGUUAUAUUCGUGAAAAAAUUGGUGUCUUAAAAAUUUUUAGAAACCACAAUACUAAAUUGCAAUUAAAAUGUGAUAUUCAAAAUACCUUACACCAUCAAGGAUAUCAUGAACUAAAUCAUGUGCUAAUAGGGGAGGAUGUAGAACAAUUACAUAAGAAUGGAAAAGUUGCUGCUGAGUUUAACUUCGGAGCUUCUGCAGGCGAUUGCAAAAACGAUCUAUUCUAUCAUAGGUUAGGAUAUUUCUGAUAACUAUCAGAUUCUUUUUCAUUUGAUGGAAUUAGGCACCAUAAUAAAUAAAAAUAUAAUUAACUUUAGAAUCAUAACAUCGGCUUAUAUUGUUUUAGACAAAACUCAUCGUUUUGCAAUCGCCUUCAGUGGGGUCGGUUCUUUUGAAGUGUGUCACAUAUCCUCUUUGGCUGCGUAUGUUAUCCGAGGUUUCCUCCACUACGGCAAUAUUUGAUUUGUUAUUAUUGUAAUGUUAUUUUCCAAUAUUUUAUGGAAAGAAAUCAACUACAUUUUAAUGGUUAUAUUUAUUAUUUAUUUUUUCUAUCAUUCUUAAUACUUUACCAUAUUUCUGUGUGAAAGUCUCAUUAAUAGACAAUUUCAUUUCAUUAAACGAAUUGCUAAAUAUGCUAUUAAACAAUUACUUAGUAUUAAUUUAAGCUGCAGUGUGUUUGUUUGGUUUUACGUUGUAGAAGACUUUUUUAAAAAUUUAAUACACAA